CACCAGCCCAUCGAGAGAUCCAUGGUAUUUGAAAAGUAUCUCUUUCACUAAGAAUCGAACCGUAGCAAUGUUAAACCGGGCGGGAAUUUAGUGCUAAGGCUGGUAAUAUGACUAGCAAUGGUUCACAGCUCUCUUUACAGCCUAGCAAUGAAGUCCAAAAGACGCCGGAUAGCUGCAAAGUCAAAGGAAGGUCACCUAAAGAGUCGCCGCUGCCAGAUGUUCCUAAGGUUAUAGACAACGGCAAUGGCCGGCGGUACUUCCGAGGGCGAUUACUUGGGAAGGGUGGUUUUGCUCGCGUCUACGAAGUUACGGACAUGUCCACCAAUAAGAUAUACGCACUCAAGGUCGUGCCUAAGAAGCGCCUUUCCAAGUCCACUAAGGAAUACCGCAAGAUCGAAAUGGAGAUUGAGCUUCACCGGACCCUUCGCCAUCACUAUGUGGUCGGUUUCCACGGUAGCUUUCAGGACGAGAUGAAUUUCUACAUUCUUCUUGAGCUGUGUAGUAGGAAGUCCCUUGUGCAGAUGUUGAAAACACGCGGCAAGCUGACGGAACCGGAAGUCAGAUUCUUCAUGCAGCAGGCGAUCGAGGCGUGUUCGUAUCUCCACGAGCAGCGAGUGAUCCAUCGCGAUAUCAAGGUCGGCAACUUUUUCAUUAAUAGCAAUAUGGAGCUACGUCUGGGGGACUUCGGUCUGGCGGUCAGACUCAAACCUGACGAAUACAAGAUAAGAACCAUGUGUGGAACGCCUAACUAUAUUGCACCUGAAGUUCUAUCAAAGGAGGGACAUAGUUACGAAGUGGAUACCUGGGCACUAGGGUGUGUCAUGUACACAAUGCUUGUAGGCCAUCCGCCAUUCGAGACCAAAUCACUCAGAGAAACCUACCGUAGGAUUCGAAAUAACGAUUAUACGAUACCUUCCCGAGUGUCCGAUUCGGCCGCUCGGUUAAUCCAACGAAUGCUCCACGCUAAUCCCGAAAACCGGCCGAAGCUUUCUGAUAUUUUCAGCGACGAUUUCUUUGCAAAAGGUUUUCUACCCAACGAAUUACCGCUGACCUGUUUAUGCGGCACUCCUAAGUGGUCGGACUAUGAAAAGCGGAGCACUGCAGACUCGAAGAAGGAGCAUGUUCUUCUCUCACAAGCCCUAAAUCGAAAAUUGAGAAUAAACGCUGAUGAAAAGGAGGAACAAGAACAAAAAGUACCAAUUUCCAGCGACAAGAGAUACAUAAACGGGCAUGCGAAGGAUGAAAACGAGACGGUGAAAAACGGAAAUAUGAAUUUGGAUAACUCCCAGAAGUACUUUUCCCCGGAAGGACUUUACGUGCAUCUCUCCACGUGUUUGCAGCACUUAGAGCACAGCUACCAAGACAAGUCCAACGAUAUGUGUAACACCAAGCUUCAGGGUGUGGCCAAGCCACUACUCUCCCGGGACGAUGCCAAAAACCACCAGAACAACAAGGACAGGGAGGAGUUUGCUGAGGUUUUCAUCGCCAAGUGGGUAGACUACAGUAACAAGUACGGGUUCGGGGCGCAGCUCUCUGAUGGUUGUGUCACAGUUCGAUUCAACGACUGCAGCAAGAUUGCAUUGGCCUCGGAUAAAAGGAGUAUAUGUUAUCGCGACGAAGAUCAGCCGCUGCUGAGAUUUUCUACUAGUUAUGUUCCCAGUAACCUCCACUCAAAAGUCACUCUUCUCACAUACUUUGCAAAUUACAUGGAUAAGCAUCUACUUAAGGGUGGCGACCCCGCUGAUGUGAUCCCAUCGCACCCGGACAGCAUCCCUUUUAUCGACAUCUGGUUUCGCACAGACAUCACCAUGGUGAUGUACCUUAGCAACGGAGCAAUGCAGGUGAACUUCUUCAAAGACCACACCAAAGUGGUGCUGAUCCCUGGUGAAGACAAUGCCUUGUUCAUCUACAUUAACGAACAUCGCGAGAGUACUAGUCGACUUCUUAGCGAGCUGAACCAGGACACCGUAUCCUGGGAGGUCAUCGGGAGACUUAUCUACUGCAAGCAGGUUCUGAGGAAAGUCAUGGAGGUCAUCGCAGACGAGGAGAACAACCAUUUAUAGCCCGUCAGUAGAAGUAUAGGACCUUGUAGGGGUCUAUCACUAAUUGCGUCUUAUUUGGUUUUGUAAAUAAGUAAAUAAAAAAUACGCAUGCAGAAUAACGAUUUGAGAAAUGUGCAUGCAAAAAAUGAAGUGUAUUUUUCUGAAUUAUGUAACAGAGGAUCAAGAUGGUGUACUUUUUUUGUGGAUUUCUGUAGAAGUAGACUUUUUUGAUACGGAUGUAUAUCACACGUUUAAUGUUGUAUUGCGGGAUUCAAAACAUCAUGAAAAACUCUUGUUUGAGGAAAGCUACAAAGAUGAAGAAACGCAGGAACUUUACAUUUUCGCAAGGGGAGGGUAUAUCGCGAGGUGUCUCCGGAUGCGCCAUGGUCCUCGUCAAACAUGAAGUCCACUCGCCAAUCUUGUACGGCGGUAUUAUAUUUUCUCUAGUGAACGAUUCAUGCAGACAUGACUGACCUUUUUAGAAUGAGGAAUAACCUUGUAAGAGUUAUUAUAUUACAUAUCAUUAUAAUAUUUUGAUACCAGAUUGAAAACGAAUAAAUUUGUUGAGGUAUUUGUUA